AUGCUGCCACCGUGCUGUUACCGGUGCUUCGGGCGGCGGAGCGGCGACGAAUUGCUCUGGCACGAGGAUUUGAAGCCUCACGCCUGCGGCGAAUAUUCAAUUUCCGUGGUGCAGGCGAAUUCCGUGGUGGAGGACCAGAGCAAGGUGCUUGCGUCGCCGUCUGCAACUUACGUCGGCGUCUACGACGGCCAUGGCGGACCUGAGGCCGCUCGCUUCGUCAAUCAACAUCUGUUUCCUUAUAUCCUAAAAUUUUCUACAGAGGAAGGGGAGCUAUCCGCCGAAGUAAUAAACAAGGCUUUCAAGGCAACAGAAGAGGACUUCACACAUUUAGUGAAGAAAUCAUUGCCUGUGAAGCCACAGAUUGCUUCAGUAGGUUCAUGCUGCCUCUUCGGCGCAAUUUCGAACGGCGUAUUGCACGUGGCAAACUUGGGUGAUUCACGAGCCGUUCUCGGCAGGCGAGGGAUUGCCGGAGCAAAAAAAGUGGUGGCGGAGAGGCUGUCCACCGAUCACAAUGUUUCCAUCGAAAAAGUGAGGAAAGAAGUCGAGGCACUUCACCCUGACGAUUCACCUGUCGUCGUUUACUGCCAAGGAGUGUGGAGAAUCAAAGGAAUUAUCCAGGUGUCUAGAUCAAUCGGCGAUAUCUAUUUGAAGAGACCCGACUUCCAAAGAGACCCGAUUUUCCAACAUCAUGUGAACUUUAUUCCCAUGAAGCGACCAUUGCUAACAGCCGAACCUUCCAUUAUAACCCGACAGCUGCAACCUCAAGAUUUAUUUAUAAUCUUUGCAACAGAUGGUCUCUGGGAACAACUCAGUGAUGAGGAAGCAGUUCAGAUGGUAUCAAAGAACCCGAGAGCUGGAAUAGCCAAAAGGUUAGUAACAGCUGCGCUUCAGAAGGCUGCAAAGAAGAGAGAAAUGAGAUACAAAGAUAUCAAGAAAAUAGAGAGGGGAGUCAGACGCCACUUCCACGACGACAUCACUGUCGUCGUGAUUUAUCUCGACGACAACCGAAGCUCUUCUAAGAGUACACAUAAACCAGGCACAGUCAGCAGCAUCACUGCCCCUACCGAUAUCUAUUCUCACAAUUCAGAUGAAGGUUUGGAUUAUUCAGAAGAUCCAAUUUUUCCGAAUGCGAAAUUCCACCAAGAAUGGUGUACAUAAAUAGCAAUGGAAAAUAGAAUUCCUUCAUUGUUGAAAAACAAACAUAAGUGCUUUUUUGUAAACAGUUGUGCAGUGGAUAAAGUAUAUAAGUGAAUUGGUGGGGAGAAUUUGAAGAACAAACACAGAAUAAGCAUUUCUUCAA